AAAAAGUCACAAAAUGUGGAAUUAUAUGUUGAAACCAAUAUGUCGGUAAAGAAAAACAAAGUACCGUAAUUCAAGUAUUUUACACGAAUGAUGUACCAGGAGUGUGUUCUAUAUUUGGUGUAGCAUUGGAUGUGACUGGACUGGUGCUCUGCUAUAACUGUGACUACAUGCACAGUCCUGAUCAGUGUGACAGAGUCAGGGCCUGUCCUAUACAUCAGCAAUGUUACAUCGGACAGAGAGAAAGUGGUUUAUCUGGAUCAUUGUUGUGGACAAGUCGAUGUGGCCACGAAAGUGCGGAUUGUACAACAGCAAGCAUUCCUAUCAGUGGCGUGGUGGGUAAGAGAAAAUCGCCCUUGUUCUGUUCAACGUGUUGUUCAAGCAACUUCUGCAAUAACAAAUGCUACCUAACGACUAAACCGCCAACCACAACACCUACCACACCAACAACUACAACAACAACCACAACUAAAUUACCCGACUCGAAACCUAUGAUAACAUAUAUCACCAGACCCCACGGCGUUAAGAUAGGAUCAGAUUUACAUCUCACCUGUAGGGCAACUGGCAAUCCAACUCCUACAGUCGCUUGGAACUUCUUUUCAGUGGGCGAUACUGUCACGACAAAUGCUUUUGUAAGUAACGAAGGAGCUGAAUUAAGCAUAAUUGGAGUAACACGUGACAACUACGGACAUUACGCAUGUAAGGCGUCAAACUUGGUCGGUAGCGAUAUCCGUUAUGUGGACGUUUUGGAACCCGGGCCUGUGUAAACUCACAACACAUUCCGGAGGUGUAAUAAGGACCGAUAACAAAGUGAUGCAAUAUAUACACGGUCAAGCCCACAUACUUAACAGUAAAUAAAAGCUUAUUUGGUAACCUUA